AUGGAUGUCUCUCUUUGCCCAGCCAAGUGUAGUUUCUGGCGGAUUUUCUUGCUGGGAAGCGUCUGGCUGGACUAUGUGGGCUCCGUGCUGGCUUGCCCUGCAAAUUGUGUCUGCAGCAAGACUGAGAUCAAUUGCCGGCGGCCGGACGAUGGGAACCUCUUUCCCCUCCUGGAAGGGCAGGAUUCAGGGAACAGCAAUGGGAACGCCAGCAUCAACAUCACGGACAUCUCAAGGAAUAUCACUUCCAUACACAUAGAGAACUGGCGCCUGCACACGCUCAACGCUGUGGACAUGGAAGGCUCUACAGGGAUCCAGAAGCUGACCAUCAAGAACUCUGGACUCCGGAACAUUCAGCCCAGAGCCUUCGCCAAGAACCCCCACUUGCGUUAUAUAAACUUGUCAAGUAACCGGCUCACCACGCUCUCCUGGCAGCUCUUCCAGACGCUGAGUCUUCGGGAAUUGAGACUGGAGCAGAACUUCUUCAACUGCAGCUGCGACAUCCGCUGGAUGCAGCUGUGGCAGGAGCAGGGGGAGGCCAGGCUGGACAGCCAGAGUCUUUACUGCAUCAGUGCCGAUGGCUCCCAACUCCCUCUCUUCCGCAUGAACAUCAGUCAGUGCGAUCUCCCUGAGAUCAGCGUGAGCCAUGUCAACCUGACCGUCCGAGAAGGAGACAAUGCUGUGAUCACUUGCAAUGGCUCUGGUUCCCCCUUGCCUGAUGUGGACUGGAUAGUCACUGGGCUGCAGUCCAUCAACACCCACCAGACCAAUCUGAACUGGACUAAUGUACACGCCAUCAACUUGACCCUGGUGAACGUGACGAGCGAGGACAACGGCUUCACCCUGACGUGCAUUGCGGAGAACGUGGUGGGCAUGAGCAAUGCCAGCGUUGCUCUCACUGUCUACUACCCUCCACGCGUGGUGAGCCUGGUGGAGCCCGAGGUACGCCUGGAGCAUUGCAUUGAGUUUGUGGUGCGUGGCAACCCAACCCCCACGCUGCACUGGCUGUACAAUGGGCAGCCCCUGAGGGAGUCCAAGAUCAUUCACAUGGACUACUACCAGGAGGGUGAGGUCUCCGAGGGCUGCCUGCUCUUCAACAAGCCCACCCACUACAACAAUGGCAACUACACCCUCAUUGCUAAGAAUGCCCUGGGCACCGCCAACCAGACCAUCAAUGGCCACUUCCUGAAGGAGCCCUUUCCAGAGAGCACAGAUUUCUUUGACUUUGAGUCUGAUGUGAGCCCCACACCCCCUGUCACUGUGACCCACAAACCAGAGGAAGACACUUUUGGGGUAUCCAUAGCGGUUGGACUUGCUGCCUUUGCCUGCGUCCUUCUGGUGGUUCUCUUCAUCAUGAUCAACAAGUAUGGUCGCCGGUCCAAAUUUGGAAUGAAGGGUCCCGUGGCUGUCAUCAGUGGUGAGGAGGACUCAGCCAGCCCACUGCACCACAUCAACCAUGGCAUCACCACGCCUUCCUCGCUAGACGCCGGGCCGGACACAGUGGUCAUUGGCAUGACCCGCAUCCCAGUCAUUGAGAACCCCCAGUACUUCCGUCAGGGACACAAUUGCCACAAGCCAGAUACAUAUGUCCAGCACAUCAAGAGGAGAGACAUCGUGUUGAAGAGAGAACUGGGUGAGGGAGCCUUUGGAAAGGUCUUCCUGGCUGAGUGUUACAAUUUAAGCCCCACCAAAGACAAGAUGCUCGUGGCAGUGAAGGCCCUGAAGGAUCCUACCUUGGCUGCCAGGAAGGAUUUCCAGAGGGAGGCUGAGCUGCUCACGAACCUGCAGCAUGAACAUAUUGUCAAGUUCUAUGGGGUGUGUGGUGAUGGGGACCCACUCAUCAUGGUCUUUGAAUACAUGAAGCAUGGAGACCUUAACAAGUUCCUCAGGGCCCAUGGACCAGAUGCGAUGAUCCUUGUGGAUGGGCAGCCACGCCAGACCAAGGGGGAGCUUGGGCUCUCACAGAUGCUCCACAUCGCCAGUCAGAUCGCCUCGGGCAUGGUGUACCUGGCCUCGCAGCACUUUGUGCACCGGGACCUGGCCACUAGGAAUUGCCUGGUUGGAGCCAACCUACUGGUGAAGAUUGGUGAUUUCGGCAUGUCCAGGGAUGUUUACAGUACUGAUUACUACAGGCUCUUUAAUCCAUCUGGAAAUGAUUUUUGUAUAUGGUGUGAGGUGGGAGGACACACCAUGCUCCCCAUCCGCUGGAUGCCUCCUGAAAGCAUCAUGUACCGGAAGUUCACCACAGAGAGUGAUGUGUGGAGCUUUGGGGUUAUCCUGUGGGAGAUCUUUACCUAUGGGAAGCAACCAUGGUUCCAGCUCUCCAACACAGAGGUCAUUGAGUGCAUCACCCAAGGCCGCGUCUUGGAGAGACCCCGAGUCUGCCCAAAAGAGGUAUAUGACGUCAUGCUGGGGUGCUGGCAGAGGGAGCCUCAACAGCGGCUGAAUAUUAAGGAUAUCUUCAAAAUCCUCCAGGCUUUGGGGAAGGCCACCCCAAUCUACCUGGACAUCCUCGGCUAG